AUGCGCAAACUGAAAACUCUUACUCUCUUUUCUCCCCACACCCCAACAAGAAACCAAGAAGUUAGCCCGCAAGAAUUUAAAGUUCAAGGAAUAGGUUUUGACAGCCUGCCUGCUGGUAACUGUCGCAAUUGUGCCCGAAAGAAUUGGCCUGGUGAAGUCUGUGGCAAACACAGGCACAAGAAGGGGAAUUCAGGGCACCUGUGGGGAAAGAAAGGAUAGGGGAUGCCCUCAAAUUUUAAAGUUGAUGGAUCGUGAGCUGCAUAUAUCGAAAGCUUCGUCCUUGUGCUGUAAUAAAUGUAUCUUCAAGGACCUCUAAUGGAACUGAGUUUCUAGUGUCCACUAAUAAAACUACAUAACUGACCCUCGUGGUACCUUCCAACUCUAAAAUUAUAUUCUUCUGUUAUUAUUUAUUAAAUUUGUAUACCACCCUUCAUGUGAAGAUCACAGGGUAGUUCCCAACCUAAAAAUACAAAAUGAGAACACAGAAUACAGAAUAGAACAAAACCCAAUAACCUCACUCCCAUGAACACACUUGAAGGCCAUGGAAUAUUAAUCAGCCAAAGACCUGGUUAAAGAGAACCAUUGUUACCUGGAACCUAAAGAUAGGUACUGAAGAUGCCAGAUGAGCUUCCCUGGAGAGAGCAUUGCACAAAUGUUUAUUUUUAAAAAGCAUAAAUCCCACUCUUUAGCCCAAAAUGGCCCAGAUUGACUUACAAAGGUCUGUGAUAAGACAGUCCUUGCCAUCAAGCAUAUAGUCUAAAAAAGCACAACAGAAAAGGUAAAAUGAAUUGGAAGGGAGGAGAAAAAAGCAAACUCGGGCAUUAUCUCUUCGUUACAGCAUUCUGUAUUGACUAGCAGGAAUAGAAAGGUUUCAGUGAAAGGACAAAAAUAAAGUUGCUGGUCUUUCAACAGAGCUCAUGGAGGAGCCUUGUAGUUCCAUCUCUCUCACUCCUAUAAGGUUGGAGUUAGUAAAAAGUUGCCUGAGCUGUUCAGCUUAGCUAAGCAUGAAUAAAUUUAUGUUGUCAUAUAUUGUUCCUAUUAAAAAGGAAGCUGUUUAUAAGUCUACCUGUCUCUACGGAGUGCUGACCUGACAGCAGAUCCUACUGAAGCAUAGAAAGCUGACUAAGUACUCCACCCCUGGCCCACAGACAAAGAGAUAAUAUUAUACUUAUUAAUACCAAGCCAUUCCUGUUGUAUUCCCACCCUGUUGAUGGAUCCACCUGCAAGAAGCUGCUUUACGUUGGUAUGUUCAUGCUUUUCUUAAUAACCUUACUUUAUCAGAUUUAUGGAGGAAACCUGAGAUUCGCUCACACAUAAUCUGCUUUGAGAGCCACAGAAAAUGAUUCUGCACACCUUAAUCUCUCUUUUGUAUUCAGAGUUGGGCAUAGUCAAGAUUUGCUCCCAAACGCUUUAACUAUCCUGUUUUACAGGAGAGUGAAGUUGGUUCCCAGUUCCUUGUUUGCAUUUUCCUUCGUUUUUUUAUUUGCAGUACAGAGGAACAGGGGGGAAAGCAGAUAUUCAAGAAAUAUUAACUUCCAGCUCGACAGUUCUCUGAGUCUAUGAAUGUCCAGCAAACUGGAAAAGGAAAAGGAAAAGGAACAAACACCAAAAGAACUUUGUGUCACCUUUAAGACAAACAGAAUUAUUGUGGGAGGAGCUUUGGCAACAAUAAAAGUUGUGCCACAAUCAAAUUGUCGGUCUUUCAGGUACCAUAAAACAUGGAGCAGGGCCAUAGUUCAGUGAAAGAGACGUGCUCAUUAUGCCUCUCCCAUUCCAGGUCCAAUCUCUGGCCUCUCCCAUUAAAUAGAGCUCAAACUCAUAGCAGCACAAGAAAUGAUCUCUGCCUGUUAUUAGUACAAAGAACAUACCCUGGUUGCCAAGUUUCAACCACAAAGACCAUGUGGAUUUUUAAAAGGGACAGAUCUGUCCUUCAAAACCAGGGGUGAAGAACGUGUGGUCUUCCACAUGUUGCUGUUCUUCAAUGCCCACCAUACCUGACCAUUGGCCAUCUUGGCUGGGCCUGGUGGGAGUUGAAGUCCAACGACUCCCAGAGGACUACAGGUUUCCCUCCACUGCCCUAAACAUGUAGUACAAGCACUACAGAUGAAUCGGGGCUCUCUGACACAUGACCAUCAAUGUUUAGCUUGAGGUAAUGUCUUUACUUUUUAUUGAGCAGAUCUGAAAGCCUUUUUGGCUGAAGAAAAACAUAGAAAUACUUUAAAUAAGUAGAUUUUGUCACACAGGAUUGCCCUUCACACAUACUACAGGCAAUACUGCUGUAACUCUAAUAUGGAGCAGUGAGCAUACGCCAGACCCAGAGAACUGCGAAGAAUAUGCCUGAAAUCCUUGAUAUUUGAAUACAUGAAUCCUCUCCCCAAUAAUUUAUUGUAUUUUUAUUUUUUGCUUUUCAGACAAAAAUUGUCUUCCAAAGUGGCUCACACCAAUCAAAAAUAAAAGAAGAUACUUGUGGCAGUUACUGUCUAUAAAAAAAAGGGACACAGGCUCUCAGGCAUACAAACAAAAAAGACAAGACGCACAAAGUAAGGUGGAGUAAAUGGGAAAAUGUAGAGGAGGGAGAUUGAUUUGGUAAUGCCGGAAUGUAAUUGUGAGUUGUAAGCAGGCAUUUAUUGCUAAGUUGAGCUCAGCUGAUCUGCUUCGCAAGUGUGUUUUCUUUCACAGAAGUACAAAAGCAAGUGGUUCUUGUUCCUCUGGGCACUGUGUCCUUGCUUUUACAGUCCUAGGGUAACUGGGAGUUGGAACAGUAAUUUUUCUGGUGGGGUAAGGCAAGCUCCCUACUGUUACUUGUUCUCUGGUUGGUGCCUGGAGCAAGGUUCGUCUUUCCCUUAGCAUGUAUUCUUCCUAGGUGGAAGGGUCCCUUGUUCCUCUGGGCAGUGACAAAAGUCAUAAAGUUAUUCCCCUCAUUUCUGUAAUCCUUAGGAGACAAGCAUUCCUUCCUUUCCUUGCUUCAGAUUCUGCAGAGACCCAAUAAGUAUAAAUACUCCAGGAACAAACAAAAUUGUGAUACACAAAUUAGCUAAGAAUUAUAAAACAUAUUCCACACUAAAGCAUUACAGAAAUGGCAACCUGUAUUUAGCCCUCAGGGAAACAAAAACAUAAAAAAUCCCCGUUCCGCCCACAAGUAUUCAAUGAAAGAGUCACGGAAAACUUAUUCAGUUUCCAUACUGUUGCUACCCAUGUUAUCUGGUGACAAGUAUCUUAGAAAGGAAUCAGAACAAGAAACAGCAGGCACUUUCUGCCUUUUCUCGCUCCCCCCUUUUACCUGUUUUGUUUGAUUUAUUGCUUUUUCUCCUUUUAUUGUUUCUUGUGUGUACAUGCUAGUAAAAGUGUGUGAGAAUAGAAAGAGCACAGGGAGUUGUGUGUGUAUCAGAAAGUAUAAUUGCUGUUAACAGAAGGCCUUGGAAAACCAAUACACUUUUAAAAUUAAUUGACAGCUCCCCAAAGCCCCAACCACAGCUUUUUACCAUUCUUUAAAUCACGGUGAUGGGGAACACAAGAGUAUGUUUCUUAAGCAAUCUUUAUGAAGUGAGUUUGUCUAUCUGCUCCAUAUCUGUAAGCGGAUUAUUUGUACAAGUGUACAAUCUGCCCCCUUCAAAAAGUACUGCAUAUAUACUUGUGUGUAGAACCCAAGAAGAACAAGCAGAGGUACCCAAGUGCUGAGAACCAGGUACAACUUUCCAUGAGCUCAGCAAGCUAUUUUUAUACAGUGCCCAAGGGCAAUCUGAACAGGAGAGAGAGAGAGAGAGAGCGCUAGGCGAGGAGGAGUAACAGGCAAAUGGAGACCAUCAGGAAGAUAAGAGAGAAAUUAAAAGGCGAAGCAAGGGGCAAGGGUGGAUUCUUGAGUUCGUCAUCAGUGUAAGCAAAGCAUGAUCAUUGUCUGCUAGACAGAGGAAACUAUUACUCACUCAUAUUAUUUGGUCACACAGAAACAACACACACUUUUUUCAUGACACAUUUUCUCGUAAAAACUGAACAAGAGCCUGUUGGAGGACCCGACCACCCCCCCAACAGCCGAGAGGAGCUCCAAAACCAGGAGGACAGUGGAGCUAACGCAGAGAGGGAGAAAAAGAAAAGGGGGAAAGAAGAAGAAAAAGAAAGAAAGAAAAAGGAGCCCCAAACUUACCGCUGCUGCCCCCAUCUCUGCUGACAAGAAAGCAGAGGAGAGGUAGGUGAGCACGGGAAGGCAAAAGAGGCUCCGGAAAAAAACACGUGGCUGAGCCCCACCGGGAGCUCCAGCAGCAAAGGAAAAACACAGAGAAGCUGCAUAACAAAGGGGAUUUCCCCCCCUUUCUUUCUUCUCUUUUCUUUUUUUUUAACCCCCCUUUGUUUUUAACCCCUUCCUCCCCUCCCUCCCCCCUUUAAAAUAUAUAUAUAUAUAUCUUUUUUAUCCCUCCCCCCCCCAUAUACCUACUUUUAUCACUUUUCUUUUUAAAAGAGGGGCCACUGCUGCUGCAGCCACCCUUUAUUUGAAUCUUUAUUUUUAUUGCUAUCUUUUCUACACACUAUUUAAAGACACACUUUUCCACACACACACUCUGAAUUUAAACCUCAUUUUAUUUCCACCUCAAACUCCCCUCUUAAGAACUAAAAUGGCAGUACCCAGGAAACAGCCCUGAACCAUCACAGGCCAUUUCCUGGGACUGCCACUUCGCCCCAGACUUUCCACUCUCUUUUACCUAUCCUCUUUUACCUAUACUUUACUCAUUUUUUAAAAUAAAAUAAAAUAAAAAGCUCUAUCUAUCUAUCUAUCUAAAGACAACCCCCCCUUUUUUUUUUUAACCUUUAACUCUCAUUUUUAUAUUUUACCCGUACAUUUUUAAUUACUUUUUUACAAACAAAAAAUAAUAACAAUAAUUAGGGGAAAAUAUUAUUAUUAUUAUUAUUUUAAAAAAAAAAACAAAAAAAACCAAAACCAUACAAUUAUUAUUUUUUCUCCCCUCUUUCUCUUUUUAAAGCCCUUUCUUUUCUAUUUGUUGGCUUGUUCUUGAGGGGGGAAUCUUUCGCCCCCAGCUACGACCACCACUCUCUUUUAAAACAAAAACUUCCUCCAUAUCACUGCUAUUGCUAUUGAUACUCUCCCCCUCAACUCCCCUCCUUUUUAUUUUUCUCUCCCUUUUUUCUCUCCCCUCUCUCUCUUCACCCCUCCUCAUUUUUUCCUUUUAUCCCACCUUUCAUUUCCCAUCCCCAAUUUUGUUCUCUAUCCCUUUAAUUUUUUUUUUUAAAUCAACCCCCCCUUUUUAGCCUGUUCAUCAGUUUGUUUUUGUGUGGGGAGCCCUUUCCCCCCCACCCCCCUAUUUUAAAAUAAGACUUUCCCCCAUACCAUUGCAGCAGCUCACCCUCCCUCCCUCCCCUCUCCCCCUCUCUUUUCUUCUCCUUCCUUUUCCCACCCUUCCCCCUCCUCCUCUCCUUUCUCUCCCUCCUCCCUCUCUCCAUCCCCCUUCCCCUAAAGGAAACACAUACACACAUUCAUAUCACCCUAUCACAAUUUGCCCCCCUCAUACUAUAGCUAAAACUACUGCUGCAUUCUAAUACCGCUGAUAUUACUGUACUAUCUCUCCCCGCUCUUUCAACUCUCUUUUUGUCCCUCUCUCUCUCUUCUCUUUUACUCCAAUCUCCCCCCUCCCCCCCGCCUCCCCCCUUCUUCUUUCUUUCUUCUUCUUCUUCCCUUUUUUCUCCCUCCACCCUUUACAUAUAGCCUAUUUGUCUGUCUCUGUUUCUGAGCGCACUCCCAACCCCAACUUCCACCUUAACUGGACCCCAAUACCCCUUCUGGGCAUAUACAACCCCCUCCUAAACACAUAUUUCCCCUGACCCCACCCCUCUAAUCUCUUGCAUCUCUACCUGCUAACCCCCUCCCUUUAUAUGAACUGUCUGUCCGUUAAUCUACCCAUCUCUGCUUACCUGCCCCCCCCACCUCGGCGGCACCGCUGAGGCAUCCAUAAAAGCCCUAGAGAAGUUCUUAAAACACAGGCUAGAAGUGACACAAAUGACCACCUAAUCCAAACGCUCUGUAGAAGCCACCAGCCAACAAAGCCUGAUCAGCUCAGCAACCCAACAAUACCCAGGAAUCACCACUGCCACAACUCCUAACCACCACACGCCCUACCCCAAGAGGACGCCAAGCCAACCUCAAACCAAAACCAUCAGGGAGACCGAGAUGACACCAACCAGGGAGAUGGCAAACAAUGCUAAGAUGGUAACUCCCCUUCAAGAUGACGACCACCCAAUAACGAAACGAGAUCUGAGGGAAAUGGAAGCAAGAUUAGAAGCACGAUUAGAAGAAACACUGAAGGCCACAAUGGCUCCCAUGCAGGUACUAAUCAACAAUCUAACCUCCAAAGUGGAAGCUCUAGAGAACAAGAACCAAAUGCAAGAAAGAAUAAUAGAGCAAUACCGGGAGGAGAACACACGUGUGAACAAGAAACUGGACGAACUGGUAAACCAAAUGGAAGCAGAACACAGAGAGAUGAAAAUUAAGCAAGCCGACCUCGAAGACCGCAAUAGACGUUGUAACAUCCGCUUCCGCAACUUUCCUGAAAAAACAGAGGAGAAAAGCCCAGCAGACCUAAUUAUACGCUGGCUGAAAAACACAAUCCCAAGCCUGAAACUUGAGGCAGAUGACUUGGAGAGGGCUCACAGAGCCCUAAAACCUAUGCCAAAACCCAGCGCCCCCCCAAGAGACAUCAUUGUAUGCUUCACACGCUACAAAAAGAAGGAAGAGGUAUGGAACCAUCUCAAAAACUCAACCAACCUUCGAUAUGGAGAAACCCCCAUUCUGGCCUUACAGGACCUUUCUCAGGAUACCCUAAACCGGAGGAAAAGCCUGCGCCCAUGCACCCAGCGUCUCCAACAAGCAGGGAUCAAAUACCGAUGGGGCUUCCCCUUCCGCCUCAUUGUAACAACCAAUACAACACAACACAUGGCUACCAACAUACCUGAGGCCCUGCAACUACUAAAAACCUUGAACUCAACCUCCCACCGGAAUGGCAACCGACAAACCCACCAAGUGACAGCCCCAACCACGAGGAAACAACAGCAAACAACUGGACAACGGUACAGAAGAAAAAGAAACAACAGAAGCGGCACAACAACGCAAACCAAUACAGGCAAGCAUCAUGCUCAGAACCGUCCCGCCGGCCAUACGACACAAGAAACCAGACCAAGAUCAACCAAACCAAUUCAUCGCAGAUGGACAACCCUACAACAACAACAACCCCAGCUGAAUGAAGCAACCAGGAAAAACCACAAACUGAAGGACUGGUGACUCCCCCUUUCCCCUCUCCCCCAAAAACAUAGAUUUAGUUAACACCAUCAACAUCCCCCCCAGCCCCGCACCCCCACAGGAAUCCCCAACCCAACACCAGUCCAGACGACCUCAACCACAUUCCCCAUCACCCACACCUUCAACACCCCCAUACUCCAUACUAGGGAAAAACAACUCCCACAACCUUAAUAACACAACCCACAAUCAGGCUAAAAUCUGAUACCCAACCAGCACUAUGGUGGCACCAGAGCGUACCAGCACCCACAUCCCCACCCCAACACACCAAUAAUGUUGCUCAUAACAUUGGCAACAUUGCUUAUGAACCUUAUACCUGACAGCGACGUUACAAAGUCACUUCACACUGUCUCACUGAUCACCCCUAUCGCAAACAACAGGGGGGAUGGCCUGUCCUUGAACACGGCCUUCCACACCAGCUGAGACCUAGGACCAACUGGCUAAAUGCCAGAUGGCCUAAAAUACCCCAAACAAACACCUAUAUGACUACAUAUAGGAAACUCUCUACAACUUACCCCCUACUCUUUAACCCAAAUCUUACUCUAAUCCCAUUAGCCCCCACCCACCACACCCUAGGUCAGCGCAACCCCACUUUUUUAAACAACACGAAGAGAGAGACACAAGACAACCCGAAUGGGUUGGCAAGGAAUUGCCCCACAUAAUAGAUAAGCAAGAUGGCUAACCUAAAAGCAAUUACAUUAAACGUGAGGGGCUGGGAAACCCCAUCAAAAGAAAACGCAUCACCUCAUACAUAAACACCAUGAAACCACACAUCACCUUCCUACAAGAAAUACACAACCCACCCAAAGGCAGCAAACUCCUGAGCGACCCCCGCUUCAGUCAACAGUGGGUCGCACGAGGCUCAGGGAAAGCUCGUGGUGUAGCCAUAAUACUCAGUAGAGACCUGAACUUCACUGCCACAACAGUCCUCAAGGACAAAAAGGCAGAUUCAUUUUCGCUAAAGGGACACUAGAUGGCAAAAUCAAACUGACAAUCGGCUCCAUAUAUGCCCCAAACACGAAACAAUUAGAAUUCUUCCAGAAGACACUAAACAAAUUCCUCUCCUUCUCUGAGGGGAAGCAAUCCUAGGAGGGGACCUCAAUCUAAAUAUGAAAGGUAUAUCCCUGAAAGAUAUCCACCCCACAACCCCAUGGGCAACCUUCCUCCGAAGGAAACCCCCACAACCAGGAACUCUUACAAGUUACUAAAAAUGCUAAAAAACAGGGGUCUCUACGACAUUUGGGGUGAGCAAAACCCGGGAGACAUCAGCCAUACAUUCCAAUCAGGACGCCAUGAUACAGUGUCCAGACUGGACAGCAUUCUACUCACACAGGGUCUGAUCCCCUCAGUAGAAUCAACAAACAUAGGUAACAUUAAAAUCACAGACCACGCCCCAGUAGAAGUCAUUGUUAAAAUAGGAGAAGGAACACAAACCACCCCAUCAUGGUCCUUCAGUCCCAUCCUAACUACAAACAAACAAAUUAGAGAGAGUCUCACAAAAACCCUCCAAAACUACUUCAAAGAAAACGAUGUAAACAAUAUAACAACCCCCCUCCUAUGGGACGCAAUGAAAGCGGUCACCAGAGGAGCUUGCAUAAAAGAGAAAACAUUCCUUAAAAACAAACCUCCUCAAAAACUAGCAAAAUAGAACAAGACCUCACAGCACACUCAUCACGCUACCAACAAACAGGAUCAAACAAACUCCUCAAACUUAUAGAACAAAAAAGGAGAGAACUAGACUCCCUAGAAAUUAACAAAACAAUGAUCAACAUUCUAUACUCUAAACAACGUUUCUACGAAUAUGGAGGGAAAAACUCCAGAUUACUAGCAAAUAGAUGUAGGAAAAAAGCACUCAAAACAAGAAUACACUGCAUCACCAAAAAAGACGGCAACAUAACAUUCUCCCCCAAAGAAAUAACCUCAGAAUUUGCAGAAUUCUACUCCAACCUAUACACCUCCCAUAACCCACCAGAGAAGGAAAUCAGAACAUUUCUAGCAGGACUGACCAUGCCUACCCUAACUAAUGAGGAACAGGAAUUCAUGGACAGCCCUAUCACCCCAGAGGAAAUAGAUGCGGUCCUCAAAAACCUGAAACCACACAAAGCCCCAGGCCCAGACGGCUUCACAGCAGAAUUCUAUAAGAAAUUCAAAGAACCCUUGAUGCCCUACAUGACCCGCCUAUUCAACGACAUCAUAAAAGGGGGCCCCAUCCCCAAAACCUGGACCCACUCCAAAAUAGUCUCCAUCCCAAAACCACUAAAAGACAGCCUCAAAGUAGAAUCAUACCGCCCAAUCUCAUUAAUAAACCAAGACUACAAGAUAUUCACAUCAAUCUUGGCCAACCGCCUAAAAAUCUUCCUACACAAGUUAAUAGCCCCAGACCAGACUGGCUUUGUCCCUGGCCGCAAUAUAACAGACCCCAUCAGGAAACUACUGAACCUGAUCGAACACAGCAAGGCAACCAAACUCCCAUUGACAAUUAUGUCCCUAGACAUCCUCAAAGCCUUUGAUUGCUUGGAGUGGAAAUACAUAUUAGCAGUACUAACUAACAUGAAAUUUGGCCCCAACUUCCUACAAAUCCUCAAACAAAUAUACUCCCAAGCCUCAGCAAAAUGCAGAACUAACAAUAUGGAUUCUAAUACUAUAGCUAUCCAAAGAGGCACGAAACAAGGAUGCCCACUGUCUCCCUUCUUAUUUAUCCUGGCUCUGGAACCCCUAGCAAUCCGCAUCCGAGCAGCCACAGACAUCAAGGGAGUGGAAAUAAAAGGCAGAACCUAUAAAUUAGGGCUCUUUGCAGAUGACCUAAUGGUCACAACACCAGACCCCAUAAGCACAGCAACCUCCCUAAUCAGAGAACUCAACACAUUUGCAAUGGUGUCGGGCCUACAGGUAAAUUUUACAAAGUCAGAAGCUAUGUGCUUCAACACCCCUCCUCACACCCAAAAAGAACUCACGAAGGUCACCAAAAUAAAACUUUGCCACACCAAGUUCAGAUACCUAGGGGUACAAAUAACCAGAAACCUCAAUAAAUUGUACCUCCACAACUACAAGCCCCUGUGGCGACAAAUUAACAAAGACCUAAAGAGAUGGAAUAACAUGAACUUCACUCUCUCAGACAAAAUAGCCAUGAUCAAAAUGAUCACACUCCCAAAACUAACCUACCUAUUCCAAACCCUCCCAAUCUGGAUCCCCUCAACCCAACUUCGCAGUUGGCAGAGAAAACUACACUCUUUCAUCUUCUCACAUAAAAAACCAAGAAUAAGCCCCAAAUACCUGCACCUCCCCACCUCAGAAGGAGGAUGGGGAAUCCCCAACAUAGAAGCAUAUUACAAUGCCAACCAAAUACGCCACAUAAUCCCAUAUAUACUAGAAGAUGAGACAAAACAAUGGGUACACCUAGAGAGGGACACAAUUGAAAACACCUGCACCACAACAUACCCACUCCUCCCAAACAAACUAAAGAAAAUUCCCACAACACUUAACAGGUACACACAGACCAUGCUCAAAGCAUGGAAAACACAAAUAGGCAAACUAUCCCCAACCCCAUCCCCACUAAUCCCCCUGGCGUACCACCCAUUAUUCCACCGUGCAGCACAAAACCUCAAGAUAAAAACCUGGCGAACCAAAGGCUUAUAUCGCCUAAUAGACUUUUAUAAAAAUAACAAACCCUUGUCAACACAAGAAAUACAAGACAAACUAGAAGACACCCAAAUGCCCUGGUUAACACAACACCAACUUCAUGCCCUCUUAAACAACCCAACAGUAAAAUCAGCAGCAACUAGGCCCCUGACAACCUUCGAAAACCUCCUCCUAACAACAAAGGGAAACGGUAAAGGGACGGUAUCCGCAAUAUACAAAAUACUACUCCAAAAUCCUGUAAAUCCCCUAGACGCAAUCAAAAAACAAUGGGAGAAUGACAUAGGUUACGAGAUUAACCCCACUCAAUGGACCAGAAUGUGGUCUAAACCCCCCUUUAAAUCCAUAUCAACGAAAAGAAAAGAACUCACACUGAAACUCACCUACAGGUGGUACCUAACACCAAGGAAACUAGCGCUAAUACACCCAGGAACCUCACCAAAAUGCUGGAGAGGGUGCACCUCCACAGGCACAUACCUCCACAUGUGGUGGGAGUGUCCCAAAAUCCAACUAUUCUGGACAACAGCCAUACAAGAAAUAUGUAAAAUAACUAAGCAAGUAAUAGACAUCACCCCAGAAUUGGCCCUACUAAACAUCUUCCAAGACAACAAUGCCCAUUUACACCACAAAGAACUCAUAACCCACCUGCUCUCAGCAGCCAGAAACACCAUAACCAGACACUGGAGAGACCUGUCAGGAGUAAGCAUGGACCAAUGGUACCAAAUAGUAUGGGAAACAGCCCUACUAGAAAAAUUAACUAAUAAACUGAAACUGACACGGGGACAAACAGAAGAAGACGCCUUCACCCCGGUAUGGCUCCCAUUUAUCACAUACACAGCCCAACAGGACAAUGACAAUAAUCCACCAACAGCAUACAAAUCAAUAUGGCUAACCUGAUCCAAAACACCCACCCACCUCACUCACACACGAAAACAAAGAUCACCACAGCCAAUCACAAGCAAACAAUCACACCCUAGGCCAACCCCAACCUCUCUCACCACCAAAGGAACACAAGUGAACAACACAAGCAACGCUGACACCAAACUCUACAUACAUUAAACAUAAUAGAAACACCGCCACCCGACCCCACCCCCAUCCAUCUUCCCUCUCUCCACCCCCUUUUUCUUUUUCUUUUUUUUUCUUCUCCCCCUAAUGCCUCAACAAAUGAAACGGAUUUGUAAAAAUGUUACAUGGGAAAAAAAAAUACGAGGCACUACACUUCUGUAAAACAAGAAAAUCCUUAAUAAAAUAUUUAAAAAAAAAAAAAAAAAAGAGCCUGUUGGAGCAGGUCAUUGGCCCAUCGAGUCCAGUAUCCUGUUCUCACAGUGGUCAGCUAAAUGCCUGUGGCAAACUGCCAGCCAGCCCCAUGCAUGAGAGAACUCCAGUGGUUUCCAAUAACCGGUCUUCCUAAGUAUACUGGAUGUAAAAUGUAUAAAAAGGUAAAGGACCCCUGACAGUUAUAUCCAGUCGCAAACGAUUCUGGGGUUGCGGCACUCAUCUCGCUUUACUGGCCGAGGGAGCUGGUGUUUUGUCCGCAGACGGUUUUUCCGGGUUAUGUAGCCAGCAUGACUAACCCGCUUCUGGCGAAACCAGAGCAGCACACGGAAAUGCCAUUUACCUUCCCGCCGGAGUGGUACCUAUUUAUCUACUUUGACAUUUUUUCGAACUGCUAGGUUGGCAGGAGCUGGGACCGAGCAACGGGAGCUCACCCCAUCACAGGGAUUCGAACCGGCGACCUUCCGAUUGGCAAGCCCAAGAGACUCAGUGGUUUAGACCACAGCGCCACCUGCAUCCCGGCUGCAAAAUGUAUACUGGAUGUAAAAUAUCCCAGGUUCAAUUCAUACUAGAGCUGCAGCUCCUCACUGACAUGUGGCUGUGACCAUCACAGCAACUGGGGAGAAAAGGCUGUGAGCAGACAGGCAGCUAUAGCUGUUCCUGAGCCUCACCUGUGUGAUGUAGAUCUCUGCCUGCUCCCAGACCCAGAGCAUUGAGUUCUAGGAUGCACAUAGGUCAUGGCUAGGCAGCCCAUGGUGCUCCUAAUAUCCCAGUGCUUUUUUUUCUACAAAAAGUAGUGCUGGUACUCACCAUGAAGUUGUUCCAGUAAGUGCCACACUUUUUAACAACAACAAAAAGAGUUUCUGGUACUGCGUACCCAUGGAUACCCCCUAAAAAAAGCACUGCUAAUACCCAAUCAUAUUUAAACUAUUGAAAGAGAUUAGAGAACAGCAAUAAUGUGAGCUUAAGGUAGUCCAUGCCCAAGAGAACCCUCCUUACAACAUACUUCUAUUCCCCUCCCAUAGAAUUGUAAUUUGACUGUUUGUGAGACCUUUCCUUGACACUGGUUUUGUUUUUGCUUUCCUGUAACUGUUGAAUUGUCUUCUAUUUUCCUUGUUGCAGUUGGUUGGAUUUAUAUUCAUACUCAUUUUAUUGUACCAUUGUGUAUUAUAAUAGGAAAUCAAUGUAUGUAUUAUUUAUCAAUAGUAAUAAUAAUAAUAAUGAAUGAAUGCUCUAAUAAGGUCUAUCAGGUUCACUUCCUUUAGUGGAAGAAUCUGCAAGCUUUUGAGCUACCAGUAACUCUUUUCUAGGUUUGAUGAACAGUUCUAUAUUAGUCAAAUGUUUGCAUAGUCUCCCAACAAAAACACCUCCAUCUAAUACAAUACAUGACUUAAUCUCUCUCUCUUUUAUUUGGUCUGCCCAUUGACUGUAUCCUGCUCAGUACUUAGUAUUUGCAGCAUCCAUUUAUUCUUCUUGGUAGGGAAUAUCUAUUCUGCACCACUUUGUUGCCAGGUUCAUGCCCUCCCUAGGGAGUUAUCUGGCAGCAGUAGCCAAACACUGGUCUGAAAUUAGUCAUGUAUUUAGAACUGUAGCUUUAGCAGUAGUGUGGCUCCCAGAGGGAGAGGUGUGCUAUUCCAAUUUUUUUACAACAGAGAGCAGAUAAAAAAUAGUAACUGGAAAGCACACGAUGAAGUUGCCUGCCUGGCCAACUUCAUUAGUAUAAGCACAUGUCCAGAGUUUGACAUUGUGCCCUUCUCUGCCUGUCAAUUUUGUCUCUAUUUGAAAUUUCCCUUUACUCCUUGUUGGGAAGAGGGCUGUUGUAUUCAAGUCCUGCUGGCUGGCUUCCCAGAGUCAUGUGAGUGUGAGUUGGUCAAGAUGCUGAACUAUGAUGGAUCUUUGGCAGGGCUUUUCUUAUAUUCUUAUGUCCUUUUAAGUAACCACUUUCUGGCUUCUCCCCAAGCAUGCCUGCCUUGCAGAUAGCAUGUGAUCUGUUCUGCUUCUUGAUCUGAUCCUCCAGCCCGCCUUGGGGCUACAACUCCCAAAUUCAAACCUCUGAGCUAGCUAAUGCUUUCCUUUUUUGCUUGUCACUUGCUUCCAUCCAGUUUUCCAGGAUUCUUAAUAAUUUCUAGUCUGGAAUUUGACCUGCUCUUGCCUCAUCACACCAUUAAGUGGGAGGUUCUCCUUCACAACUCCUAUGAAACUGACUGGGGGCAAGUGCAAGAGCACAGCUGCGCUCCUAUUCAUUCCAAUGGAGUUUGCAAAGGACUUUUCAGUGGAUUGUGCCCUGAAUGCACAACUUGGAUCUUGAUCUAAAUUUACAUGGGUAGGCAAAUUAAGGCCCAGGGGCUGGAUCCGACCCAAUCGCCUUCUCAAUCUGGACCGUGGACGGUCCGGGAAUCAGCGUGUUUUUUACAUGAGUAGAAUGUGUCCUUUUAUUUAAAAUGCAUCUCUGGGUUAGUUGUGGGGCAUAGGAAUUCAUUCCCCCCCCCAAAAAAAAAGUAUAGUCCGCCCCCCCACAAGGUCUGAGGGACAGCGGACCGGCCCCGUACUGAAAAAGUUUGCUGAUCUAAAAGGAACUGUACACAUAUAUUCUCAUGGGAAUGUCUUACUCGUGCUUUGGCAAUUUAGUACUAAAAUGAGCAGCAGAACUCAUUGCUUGCAUAUUAUUAUCAACAAGACGUAUUUACAGAACAUGUUGCAUUUCAACAUGGUAGCUUAACAAGUUGAAACACAGCCACCAGCUCUAUUCAUACUCCUGAGUGUACAGAACUUUUGUGAUAGCAAUCUUUUCUGCUUCCUCUCAUGAUACGGUAUGAGUCACUAAAGUCAGUUUUGUGACCUGUUAAGAAGUGCACACCUACCCCUUCCUAAAAUGUCCAGUAUGAAAGUUCACAUUGACUUAAGCAUUGUCUUCUCAAAAGCAGACAAACAACAUUCUUCAUAAGAGUAAACAUUCCACAUAGGCAUCACCAAACGUGCUGCAAAAUGACAUGCUUAGGAGGAGAAGAACUACCUUCGAAGUUGCAUCUUGUAGUAAAGUCAUAAAAUUGUGUGAGAGAGAUGGAGGGCCUGUCAAUACACAGGUCUGUUGCUUUAAUUCAAGUUUGCUGUGAAUAUGUCAACCGCUUACUGACAGAAGCAAUUAAAUAACCCCAUGCCCUUGCUUUUUCAUCUCACUUCAGGUUCUGGGUAAUCCCUUCAUUGUACUAAAACUGAGGAGGACUAAAUACAAAGAACAGUUUUCUGAAAAUAACCUAUUUUGUAAAGAUUCUCACUUAAAAAAAUAUCUGAUGGGCUACUAGCUGGAAUGACAAACACAUUGGCUGUAUGUUGCUCUGGAAUUUUUACUAGGAGAUUUACACAAUUUUCUUGAACCAAAACUAAGAAGCAGAUUUGUGUUGGGUUGCCAGACCAUUAAAAUAUUAUUGGGAACAAUAUAUAAAUUUAUAAAGCUUCAAGUGAAUAACUCAAACUAUUAUCUUUAUUCUGUCGUGUGUGUGAAAAUGACCAUGGAGAUUCCUUCUGUGUCCAUAUAUGGUGUUGUCUCUUUCACUUCCCAGCUGCUGUUUUCUCCCAUCGUGGCUUCGGGCAGAACUGAAUAUCGAAGUUUCUCAGAGGUCUUAUCUCUCCAUCCCUCGCUUCGAUGUCUCAGAACAGGCAACUUUCUGCUAGAAACCAUUCUGUCACAGAUCUUCACCAUUUCCCCCUCUUCCUAGGAAAAGGGGGGCAGUUUUCGUACGUGCUGAAGAUUUAAUACUCCUUUCCAACUCCCAUAAUCUCUGCAGCAUUCUUAUCACAGCCCCCCAAUUCUUUUCCUUCCAGCAAGAUAUUUAUGCCCCAAUUAAACUUUAUCUUAGAUUACAUUCUAUCAGUAGCACCCACAAAUCUCAGUCUCUUUUUCCUUGUCUGCUGUUUUUAAACAGAGGUGAGAGAAAUUACUAUGUCUUUCCAACACAGUCCUACUUGAGCUUCCUCUCCCCCUCCGUCCUUCAUUUCAGAUCACACACAGUUUCCAUUUUUGCUUGUUAAUAUCAAUACUACUCCAACAUCACUUCCUCACUUGUAAAUAUAUUUUAAUCUUAUAUUCCGGAGAGGGUUGCUGAAUCACAAAUAUAUAAAAGAAACUUAGAAUAAACAAACCAUGGGCUUCCCUCUCCCCAAACGACCCUCACGCCGAAUAAAUUCUUAUCUUAAUUCAAACCUUUGAUCCAUGUAGCUGGCAUAUUCAGCAGUACGUUGUUGCAACCCUUUCCCAUCACAUGCCGGUAAUUGAAAGCCAAUUAAAGAUCCAAUUAAACAGAGAACCUGGGGGGAAUUUGGUAUCCUUGUUUUUGUUUGGCAAUGAUCCCCUGUUGUCAUGGGGGCUGCCUAUACAGGUGAGACCGGGAGCCCUUUAUAGGGAAGCUUUUUAAUGUUUAAUGUUAUAUUAUGUUUUUAUAUAUGUUGGAAGCUGCCCAGGGUGGCUGGGGCAACCCAGUCAGAUGGGUGGGGUAAUAAUAAUAAUAAUGGAAUAGGAUGUCCCUAUUUUUAUCAGAGAAAUGUUGGAGGGUAUGGAAUUAAGUAGCAGUAAUAAGUUUCCCUUGUAACAAAUACAUGGGACAAAAUGUAUAGUCCAUGUGCAUGAUAUUGCAUUUCUCUUUCAGGCAUCCUAAGAAAAGCAAAGAGCUACCUGGAGGUUAUAUUUAAGAAAGCGUAUUAAUUUUCUAGUGCCUCUGGUCUAGCGAACAGAGUGGCGUCACCAAGAAUGCAAAAAUUGAUCGCUAAAAUCUCAGUUCAAUAUAUCCGCCUUAUAGGAAGGAAUACGUUAUUGCACCAAGGAGUGUUUAAAGUUUAGCCAAACAAUUACUCUUCUGGGCUUGACUAAAAUUUCUUAGGAGAAAUGUUACUCAUUUUCUGUGAGCACUACUUCAUAGCACACUUUAUUGCACCAUCUAAGAAUUCCCCAAAUAUAUAUAGCAAGUUAAGUCUUGUUAUUGUGGAUAAAUAAAGGUAGCAGUUGGGGUGGAAUCCAGUUCAAAGAAAGCAAAAUCCCACACCUUUCUGUAUCGCAAGACAAACAAGCUUUUGUGUGUCAUCAGCCUAAAGCUUACUUAAACCCUUGUUUAAAUUUAUAAGGAAAGUACAGACUCAAGCUUGAUUAAGAGUCAAAUACUUGAACAGAAGCAAAGUGUGACGAUGACCCUCUGGUUUCUGUACAUGCUCAGAGUUCUUCACUGCUGCAGCUUAUAUACAACUGUCAAGAAAACAAAAACCAGCUAAGGCAGGAGGAGGAAUCAAAGGAAAUAAACAUAAACAAAAAGGGUGAGUACUACCAUGGCUCCUGCUUUUUUCAACAAGAAAGGUAUUUCUGGUGAACCAUAUGCCCCACUUUCCUAUAACUAUUGUGCCUGUAGCGAAGGAGCCCUCUAUAUAGCAGAGACUCUCUGUUCACUUUCUAGUCGGUUUCUGUGGCUUUCCAGACUUCUCCCAGAACAGAAAUAUGUUGGAAUUAGAAUGCAGAAGUGUCUACUGCGGUGAACAGAAUGUAGAAGUGUUUUUCGGGGGGCAGGGGAAGCAGCAAAAAUGCACACUUUCACAUGCCAAAAAUCUUGCGCAACACACAGACACAGACCACAGCAUUCUUCUAGAACACAAGCUAAAAUGCAAAUAUGUGUGAUGGUAUAGUGUACAGUGAAUACAACCAUCAUUCACUGGGGACAUGAAAUCACUGGAAUUAAGACACUAGCUGCAGAAACGAUUCCUUCAGCUCUCUUUCGACACAGUGUUAAAAGUGCAAUUUCAGCAACCAACAGUGCCAGCACCUGGAGUGCUAGGUUACAUAUGAUAAUAAAAGAAAACACUACGUUUUAAGUAGGGUAUGGGGGCAGGAUACAGUAGAAGUAUCUGACAUGCAAGUCCUUUUCUAGGUUUUGCAUGGGUAGGUCCAAGGUUGAUCAUUUGAUACAGAGUUUGUGGCUGAGGGGUGGAGGCAGGACCCAGCUGCUGUUCUGAAAGCCCCAGGUAACGUUCAGCAACCGUUGAGCCUUCUUGCUGAUCUGGGUCUGUUGGGGCAGUAGUGUAUAAAACGUGUUCCACAAAUCAUGAUUUGCACUUGCCAAGAGCUGAGUCAGCCAGGUCUGUGGUUUUAACAGGCGAUAAACCAGUAAGAUAAAGUGGAAUUCUAUAGGAGGUUAAAUCUCUUAUUUAUAUUGAAUCAUUGAUAUGCCCUGUUCGUCAAAUAUUGGACGAAGCAGAUAUAGAUUUGAAGUUUACAAAAAGAACACAGAUAGAAAACAGGAGGGGUAAGAGAGGAGAAAAACAAAAGGAGAUGCUACAUGACUCUUCCCAUCCCUUUUGAGGGCAAGAAGCUAGCAACCACAGCAACAAGAAUUUCCCUAUGGUAACAGCAGUCACGAAAUUAAAAGACGCCUGCUUCUUGGGAGAAAAGCAAUGACAAAGCUUGGGUAUGCACUGGCUGAAGAAUUUGUAGUGCUUCCUUUCGCCUAGAUUGCCCUCUUGAACAAAACAGUCAGGAUAUCCCACCUACUCAGGGCACUGUUGGGAUGCGUCCGGGGAGACGGGGGCAUUUGGCAGGCCCCCAGCUGGCUCCAGCCACCAGCCAGCAGCCGGGCGAACUCCGGUACUCGGAACAGCAUCAAUCAGCGACUCCAGCCUCCGAACCCUUUGGAGACUGAGCACGCUCUUAUCAGCAAAUUGAAUAAAUCUCCACAACGGAAGUGGCGGACAGAGACAUGUGUAGGCAUUAUUUACAGGCGUUUAUUCAGCAUAGCUCAGGAACAAAGGAAAAAACAUGUCUGCUUCCCUUCGUGUCCAAGCAAACAGCAGUACAGCAAAAGCAAUAUACAAUGGAAGUUCCCAGCAGACUGUGCUGGAAGUAAACAGACAUGUGACAUACAAUGACUCCACAUAUCUGUUCCUCUUAAGGCGGAACAGAGCAUCAAUAUCCUAACAGGCACUAGUGCCCUCAGUGGUGCUUUAUUUUCAUGAAGCCAUUUGGGGCCAAAUGAGGGGAGAGACUCCAUCAGGCAAGGCCUCCUUCCACCUGCCUUGCCUCACUCUCUGCUUCUCAUUGUGUAUUGUAUUGUUUUAUGUACUGUGGGCUUGCCGUUGUUUUAUUGAUUAUAGUUUAGAUAUUAUUGUAACUGUUGAGUGGAUUUCUGUUUAACUUUAAAUGUUGAUAUUAUUAAUUUAUACUAUUCUAAUGAUUGUCGAAUGUUACUUUUUUGAUGGAGGUUGCCUAUUUUUAAGUUAUGUUUUAUUCUCACAUUUUUGUAUUGCAUUAGAUUGUUAUAAAAUGUACAUUUUUUGUUUCUUCAGCUUGUAAACCGCCUUGAGUAUUGUAAGAUGGAAAGGUGGUAUACAAAUUAAAAAUGAUGAUGAAUGAUGAAAUGUGCUGGCCUCCUGAAGCGAGGUCCUUCAGCAUAGUUAACUGGCUGCCUUUGCUCUAAGGACGUUUGGAUUCCCGAGGACCUGUUCUUUCCUGUGCAAGUGUGAUUCACUUAAUGUUUACCCAACGCUGGGUAUUUGGCAUCCGAAGGCUUGGACGGUUGUUGUUGGCAUCUGUCGGUCUCGAGGGACAGUGGAGUGUGCCUCCAGGGGUGAAGUCAGAGCACUGUGCUAGCAGCACCAAAGUGACCUUACUAGGGCGCAAGCCUGGUCAGUGUGUAUGGAGGUCCUGGACUGCCCAGACAAGACUCCCCUCUCAGCCUCGUUGAUGUGGUCCAAAGGAAAGCAGAGAAAGACGUUUGGCACCAGCUUGGCUGCAGGAUUUGCCUAAAUGGCAAGAACGGACUGCACUGAAAAAUAACAUAGUUGUUUUGGUAACACGGAAAUUAGAAGUCUCUGUUGGGCAAGGUUUUUUUGAUAGAUCAUUCAUAUGUGGCUCUCACACAGUCAACGCUUGAGGAAUAUGCAUGGGAUAGUUAGCAUUCUGGUGUACCUAUUCUUGUUCAGUUACCAGAAAAGUUACUACGUUAAGGUGCGGCAGCAUAAAAGAGAAAAAGGGCAGUGGCAACUUUGCCCCACCUUGCUGUUUGGCAGUUGCUAAAUGGACUUUGCCUGCAGCCGUUGAGUUUCCUUUUACACACCCGACACUGCAGGCUUUAUUGUAUUGGCUUGGGUGGAAGGCACUUUUUAUGGGCUAUGGUGCAUGUCCCACCCACUAUACGACAAUUAACUGCUCAGUUCUCAGAAAAUGAAAAGAAUCUGCACCAAGCACUGAGCAAGCAUUGGCUGAUUUAACUCACAGACUGUAUUUUGCUGUUGCCAGACCUUGAUGCAUGCUUGCACAAGAAAAAAUAAAUCUAAACCUUCAGGAAACCCCAUAUUCUGGACAAAGGGAAACUUGGAAAAACAGGUGAUAAAUUAUUACAAAGUUUGUAGUAUGUAGGCUGGGUGUGUGUGUAGUUUAUGGUGAACUUACCUGAUGUGUUUGCACAGUUGGGCAUUCUUUUGAGUGUGGAGCAAUUGUGCUAAGAAAGGUGUUUUGAUUUGCCUUUUUAAUGGCACAGUGCCUCCUUUGUCUUUAUCGUGUAGUUAAAAACAAAUUCAGCAAAAAAGCUUUUUCUGGCAUGAAGAGGAAACAAUGGGGAAGAGGAGGAGGUUUCCUCUCCUACGUUUUUGCUUGUCCCAGUGUUAAAGACAAGCCUUGCUUAAAAAAGGGGGGGGGGUUGGUACUUGCACAAAUCAAGCACUUGUUCCUUCCCCCACCCCUUAUUUUAUUAGAAAUUUCUAGCCGCAAAAGCAUCAUCAUGCCUUUAAGAUCUUUUGUAAGCUUUAAAAUUGGCAUCCACGUUGGCAAAUCUUCCAAACACUCUGUCCCAGCUCCUGCCAACCUAGCAGUUCGAAAGCACACCAGUGCAAGUAGAUAAAUAGGUACUGCUGUGGCAGGCAGGUAAACGGUGUUUCCGUGCGCUCUGGCUUCCGUCGCAGUGUCCUGUUGCACCAGAAGUGGUUUAGUCAUGCUGGCCACAUGACCCGGAAAGCUGUCUGUGGACAAACACCAGCUUCCUCGGCCUGAAAGCGAGAUGAGUGCCGCAACCCCACAGUCGCCUUUGACGGGACUUAACUGUCCAGGGGUCCUUUACCUUUACCUUUUUUAUAUCCAUAAUACAGUACAAAAAGAACAAGAAGUUUUAAUGAGCCAUCAAGGACACUGAAGAUCCCUUCUCUGUCUUGCCUGCUAUCAUCUUUUAAAACCAUGGACAAGACUGAUUCAAGUUGCAAUCCAAACCCCUGAUCCACUACAUUAGGAAGGGAAUGGGAUGGGCAGGUUCCCCACCACCACUGCCACACCCAAAACUGUUCAACUGCUUCCAUUAUUCUCCAGCUUUCUAAAGGGGUAGGCAGAAGUACUGCCACAGCAGGAUUCCUAUUGAGGUAGCCAGUGGAAUGUUCUAACACAGUGUUCCAGGGGUGAGGAAGGCUAGUGGCCAAGCUGGGCCAGAACCCAUGGAUCCUGAGCUGGUGCCACUGCUGUCAUUUGAGCAGUGUUUUACCUGCCUUCCGCUGCAGGGGUGCAGUGCAACAGUGGCUCCACCACUCUGUCACAAGCCUUGGUUCCCUCCAGGUGCUUUGGAUUGCACAGGUAACUCUUGGCCAAUGCAGUUGCGGCUUGUGGAGUUUACAUCCUGCCCCCAAAAGCCACUUAGAAGGACAAACAUUCUGCCUGUCUUGCGGGUACUAAAGGCACAGGAGUGUUGUCAAAGGAAAAGUGGCAACGCUGCCUCUAGCUUGGGAAACGUGAAAUUGCUUUGUGUAGAAACUCCUUUUCAGAAGGGGAAGUUGAGUUCCGGGUGGUGACUCAUGAGUCCCGGAAGUCUGGCUGAAUUUCCCAGGGGAAUCACAAAGGAGGAGGUCCCUGGGAGCCUCUCUGUUUGCGGGAAGCUCACUAGUGCCACAUACUGAGUAACUAUUGUUCUUAGCAAUUGGAUGCAUAAAGUGCGCAUUCCAAAAGGCAAGAAAACAAGAGCGCUGCUGGAUCAGAGCAAAGGUCCAUAUAGGUGGACUGCAAUCCUACUUACGCACACUAUAGAUGCCAAUAAAACUCCCAAUAUCACGAGACUUUCCUAAAUAUCCUUAGCACAAAAUUUGCCUUUAUUUUUUACAGUGCCACUGGCUCAGCAUUUUCACUGAGCUAUCUACUGUGCUCCAAAGAUCCUUUUCCUGGUUAGUCACAAUUAGCUCACGCCCCAUCAAGGAAUGCUUAGAUUAGAAUUCUGUUUGCCCCAGUGACUUCACUUUACACUUUCUGACUUACAUCAAACCACAAAUCCCUGGAGGAAUAGAUUGUUUGGCUUGUGCUGUCAACAUUGCUCUAAUACAAACCAUAACAAUUAAUCGCAAAUCCUCUGGAUAUAUACUUUUCUUUUCUUGCAGUGUAAUCUUGAACAAACAUCUGUACCCUGUUCAAAAUUUUGCUCCCCUAAUCUAAUGCCUUCAUCUGCUUCAGCUGCAGCAAAACUUGUCUCUCUGGUAUCAGUCUCUACAGCCACAGUAGCUGCAAUAACUCUCCAACAGUUUGACUUCAACCCCAAAGGCGCAAUCUCCCAUUGUUUCCUGAGACAGACAGAUGCCAACCAGUCUUUAGAAUAGAGGUGUAUGUACGUGCUUAAUGAUCAUUUGCUGCCUGCAUAUUUGCAGCACUUGUACCUUCUGUUUUCAUGUCCAUGUAAUAAACUGAACUUUACUGCUUCCUGUUGUGACAUAUACUUGAUCUGGGUAUACGUAUAAGGGUUAAAGGUAAGCACACAUUUUUAUCAAAAGCACUGUGACUCCAUGCAAAAGGUUCCUUUCUUCUAACCACUGUACAUAUGAAUUCAUGCGUGUGACAAGCAUGUGGGCUCAGAUGUACAUCUCUUAACAAUACUUUCUGUCACAGCACUCAAAAGGUGUAUUGCACAAGGGCAAGGGCAAAUAUAUAUAAAAUACAUGGCAGAAUGCACAGGAAUCAUUUAGCAAAACACAAUUUGAAAAUCCAUACAUGUGGAAUUUCCUGACAGGUAGUCCCGAUUCCAAUGGGUAGCUUAGAAAGUGAGCCGCACGCCUCCUACAAAAUCUAAUUUUAAAUUGUCUCGUAACAAACUGCAGGAAACAUGUCCAUGCACACUCCAAAGCCAGACCUCUCUACAGCCAAGGACAGCAGCAUGCUUUCUCCUAUUGCAAUGAGCCAGCGUUCUUUGCCCGACAAAGCCGUUUCGCCUACCAUAGAAACUUACUGCAGCUACAUUAUCAAUAAUUAAUCCCAAUGGAGGAUGAAUCACGAAGGAGCAGCUGACUGCAAAGUGUGGCGUUUGCUUUCUUGCUGCGACGAUUGAAGAGGAACAGAGUUGUCUAACCUAGGCCUGAGAGACAUCUUAAGGGACUGCCAAAUGCAGAAAUCACAAAGAGUAAGACUAGUUAUUUCUCAAGUUUCUAAUACUUGGCGCACUAUUGCUUUUUCUGGAUUAAAAAUAGAGAUACUAUAUGAAUGAGAAAUAGUAUUCUAUUUUCUCCGUUGGUUUUCAGAGCAGAUGGGGUCCUUGAAAUUUCAAGACAGGACAGGUAUAGACCGCUAUCAUUCUGCCCUCCCUUUUUAACCAGCUAGCAAAGGCUUAGGCAAGGAACUUAAUACCACAAUUCAUCCCCUUUCACUAUGUCCAGAACCUAAGUGGAUUAGGCCCUGAACAUUUGGAGAUAACUUUCGCGCGCUUACUCUGAAUAGACUGAGCUACCGAUUAACUACCUUUUCAAAAAAAAACAAAAAAAAAACCCGGAUGUAAGGUAGGACCUAGAAACUCCCCUGAAAUAAUUGUACACUAUGCUUAGGAGUUUCAAGUACACUGGGGCUGUAUGCUGUUGAAAUGUAGAUACCAAAAUAUCUGAAAAUUUACUUACUUAGUUCAGAAAAGAACUUCCGUAAGGUAUUUUUUUAUAUGAUCACAACAGCAAAACCUUUUUACGCUAAAUAAAAGAUACUGUAUAUGGAAUACCCCAGCUUAGAGAUAGGCUUGUUAAAUUAUAGAAUUCAGCAAUUAUCAAUAAACUAAAAUGGGUGUCUUUUGGGUAAAGGUAGGCAGCAGCAGAGUUGAGCAGGAAUGAUAAUUUUUAAGAAAAUACUGGAAUACCAAGUGUAGUUUAUGGUAAUCCAUUUCCUUUAAUAAAAUUUGAAGGUAAUAAUGGGCUGGAUCCAGAUGUCAAUUGGACCUUAGGUUCCAUUAGAAUCAAUGACAAGUUAAUCACUAAAUUAGUUCCCACUGAUUUCAAUGGGACAUACAUGCAACUUAACUCCAUAUGGAUCCCCCCAGGGCUUAUUAUUUUUGAACUUUUAAAAAAAUGCCACAUUAUUUCCCUGCUGGAUGUUGUUGUUUUUAUACUUACAAAAUCCCAGGAAGUUUCAAGGCAAGACAUGCCCCUUGUAGAAGCCAAAUUCUUUCUCAUGCAGAAUUUGUACUUCUACCCACCACGUGCCUGCAAAUUUAGUGCCCUGUAUAGGUUUACUAGCAGCAAUCUUGUUUGCAACUGUACGGGUUUCCAAAGUGGCAAUCUGUUUGCAACACAUUGCAUGCUAGUGCCCUAACAUUGGGGGGGGGGGGUCAGUAAGACCAAACCAAUCAGUGGCUUUAACUUGUAAAGACCUGCACAGCUUGGCUUAGGACAAGGGUCUCUCAAGGACCACCUGCAAAUGUCUUGAAAAAAUCUGGCAAAGCUGUUCUCCGGGUUCCUCUGCCUAGUGAACAGAGGUGGGUAAUAUAACUGGGGGACUGAACCUUUUCUGUGGUGGUGCUUCCUAGAUGCUUAUGCCUGGUUCCUCCGUUCACAAGUUUUCAGUAUUGGACAAAAAUUGUUUUAUUUGACAAGGUAUUUUAAUUCGAUGCCCUUGUUAAGCUUUUGUUGUCUUGAAGCUUUGAGUUUUAGCUGAAAUGUUUAUUUGCUACUGCCACUUUUUAGUUUUGUCCUUAACUUGUUGGUUUAUUAUGUUUAGCUUUAUGUUCAUAAUUAUCCAGUAAAUUUCACAAUCACUUUUUUAAAAAGGAAAGACAAGAUAUACAUAAUUAAGAUACUGUACUACAAUUAUUGGAUGAUUUAAUCAUUUAAUCUGUUGUUUCCAUUGACAAAUUAUAUUAAAGAUUUUUAACAUUUGUUUGUGUUAUUUGAAAUGCCGCCCAGAUGUAACUCAGUAAGCCAGCAAAGCAUUGGUUGGUUUUACUCUUAAAAACCUUAUGCAUAUUAAAUUCUUCUGACAAAAUCUUGACAUCUUAAAAAAACACCCCUGAACUACCCAAAUAAUAAUAAAAGCACUUAACUUUAUGAGUCAAAAACAUAAAAUAAAAUAAAAUAUACUUUAAGUAACAAAAUAUCAGUUCUUAUGUGCUUCAAAAAAUUAUUUCAAUCAUACAAUUUAUACAUUUGAGUCAACCUUAUGUUUAUUACUAUGUGAGUGCAGUUUUCAGUCAAAUCCAUACGAGAAAUAAAGGCCUCAACGGAUAGCUUGUACACCAGUCAGGUACAGGGUUUAAAGGCUUUUUCCUACAUUGCAAUCUAAUGACAUGAAAGCAUUCCUAUGACUGAAAAGAUUGUGUUAGUGGUCAAAUAAUCUGUGCAGACACAAAAUAAGACUCUGGAACAAGCUUCUUCCAAGUCAGUUGUAUCUAUUUACCAUUCGGAGGAUACAUUUUCAAGUUUAGAGAGCCACACAGGAGUGAUCUCAUGUCUUUAAAAUUACCCAUGCAGAAAACAGCGGACAGAAAAUAGAAUUAUACCUGUAAUUUAUUUGCUUAUUAAUACAUCUAUAAAUGAUAGCUUUUAUAAUGUGCAUGCUUAGAAAAACAUGCUUAUAAAGACAAAUCCAAGUUGGAAGCAAAUGCAUGCAAGACAUCAUUUUGGACUAGCAAGUAAAGUCCAAGGAUGUAAUUCCAGUAUGUUAUUUGAAGUGCAGACAGAAUUAUGUACAUCUUUCACUAGUGGAAGCAGCUUCUAAAGAACAUUAUUAGAUGUAGCAACUUUUGUUUUCAUGAGGUAAUUUUGUAUUUAUGUGUAAGUAAGUAAAGAUACCAAAGAUUGUAUACAACUCACCAAGAACUUCUUCUACACAAGGCCCAUCAAUUCAAAUGGGAGUUGCACAAGACAUUAGUGGAUUGGGUUCACCGGUUUUAUGGCAUGGCAUGCUUAAUGUAAGAAACGCUCAAACUUUAUUCCCUGCAAAUUACUUAGGGCCUACAGUGCUCAUGACUGACUGCAAUUUCAUUCUUCUUCCUGGGCCGUUUGCCCUUCUAGAGGAACUCAAGACAACAGCGGCAGUGCUUUUGGCUGA